ACGCAAGCAAGGCAGGCAGCAGCAACAGUGUAUUUCAUUCAUUACAUUUAGCUUCAUCAUGCAUAGAUUAGUAGGAGAGUAGACAGCCCUGGCCCGAAGAAAACAACGUGCUACCUAAGAUUCUUCUAUACAAAUGCUGCUCCAUGAAUCCAUGAGUUAAUUAACCUCGUACCACGGAUUCUUUCAAAAGUGAUAGUUUUGAAGUGGUUCACAUGCCUAAGGUUUUGAAUAUUGGCAACUUGCUUGGUAAUCCUCGUUGCUGGCUUCAGAUAUCGAAGAACUCCUAUUUAUUUUUACUAUUUAAGUUACUUCUAAACUUUCGACUUUCUCAAUGGGGGCGAGGAGGUCCGGAAACUACGAAUCGAGCAUUUGGGACGACGAUUACGUGCAGUCCCUCACCAGCCCAUACACGGCAAAAGAGUACGUAGAACAAGCUGAGAAGCUGAAAAGCCGGGUGAAGAUGAUCAUAGACGAGACGGAAGAUCUGUUGGACCAACUCGAGCUAAUCGAUAAUCUGCAAAGACUUGAUAUAUCUAACCACUUCCAGGACAGGAUAGAAAAAUUAUUAGACAGCAUUCAUCGGACAGUUGAAAGUGAUGAUAAACACAAGGAAAGAGACCUGUAUGUUACAGCUCUGCAAUUUAGGCUUCUCAGACAACAUGGAUAUCACGUCCCUCAAGAGGUUUUCUGUAGCUUCAUGGAGGAAGAUGGAAAUUUCAUGGAAUGCCUUGCUGAUGAUGUCAAGGGGAUUCUUUCCUUGUAUGAAGCUUCAUUUUUAUCCCUGGAAGGUGAAAUCAUAUUGGAUUUGGCCAAAGAAUUCUCGACUCGUCAUCUUAGCGAAAGGCUGGAGCAAAUUACCGAGCCGAGUCUAGCUGAUCAAGUCAGGCAUGCCCUGGAGCUUCCACUGCACUGGAGAGUGCAGAAACUUGAAGCCAAAUGGUUUAUACAUAUCUACGAGAGUAGAUUCAAUGCCAACCUCAUUUUGCUGGAACUGGCUAAACUUGAUUUCAACAUAGUACAGGCCAAAUAUCAGGAUGAGAUUAAACAAAUGUCGAGGUGGUAUAAAGAAACUGGCCUUCCAGAAAAGUUGAGGUUUGCCAGGCACCGAUUGGCAGAGUGUUUCUUGUGGGCUCUGGGAUUUACUCCUGAGCCUCACUUUGGAUAUGCCAGGAAGAUCUUAACGAAGAUUGCCGUGCUGAUUACUAUAAUGGACGACAUAUAUGAUGUCUAUGGUACGCUGGAUGAACUCGAGGUGUUUACCCAGACAAUAGAGAGGUGGGACAUUAAUGCGUUGGACCAGCUCCCAGAAUACAUGCGGAUAUGUUUCCUAGCUCUCUUCAACUGCGCUAAUGAAAUGGCUUACGAUGUUCUCAGAGACCAAGAUUUCAACAUUAUCUCAAACUUAAGGAAAUUGUGGGCAGAACUGAGUAGAGCUUACUACUUAGAAGCAACAUGGUAUCACAGUGGCUAUUUCCCAAGCACGGAAGAAUACCUGAAUACAGCCUGGGUCUCCAUUUCCGGUCCUGUACUUCUUUUCCAUGCUUACUUCUGCAUCACAAAUCCCAUAAACAAGGGGGAACUGCAAAGUUUAGAGCUGUAUCCUGGGAUUAUUCGUUGGCCGUCUAUGGUUCUUCGUCUAACAGAUGACUUGGGAACUACAUCUGGCGAAAUAGCGAAAGGAGAUGUCCCAAAAUCAAUUCAGUGUUACAUGCAUGAGACAGGGUGUAGCGAAGAGGAUGCUCGCAAGCGCGUAAAGCAUCUAAUUGAUGUCACAUUGAAGAAAAUGAACAAAGAUAUACUAAUAGGGAAGCCCGCCAAGAAUUUUCGUAUAACUGCUAUGAAUCUCGCUAGGAUUGCUCUAUGCGUGUACCAGUUUGGAGAUGGUUUUGGGGUUCCUCACCAUGAGACUAAGAAAAAUUUGGUCUCACUGAUCGUUAAACCCAUUCCUAUGCCAUAAAACUUGGGAGGCAGCAACCUAUUUGACUAGUGGAUAUGGGUAGAGGCAAAAGUCCGUCAGCUAUUGUCAAUUUUUUAAUUCUAAUUUACGGUCUUCCAGAUUUUGCUCAAAAUGUAUACCAUUACGCUAAUAAAAACAACCAAAAUCAACCACAACCAAAGCAUUUGGGCAUUAUUCAAAAUCUUGUUGAAGCAACUACCACGCUGCGCUCACAGCUAUUAGUGAUGAGAGUUGGAAACCGAGAGGAUAUAUACAUGUACAAGCACAACAAUACAAAGGCACGAAUUCUGUCACACAUCAGUUAAUAGCAGGGCAUCAAACACCAAAUUCAUGUAUAAGUUCCAUUAAUUGACCAGCAGGAUUUUCUUCAAAUUAAAUCCAUAAAUGACGAACUCCACCAUGUAUUGUUUAGUCAAUUAUUCCACGACAACUCGGACUUAACCCAUAAGCAUAUAAACUUAUGAUCAUCACAACAUAAAAACAAUUCGGUUUGACAUUUGUUGUCCAUCUUCUUGUUAGUGCUUCAGGUUGUCUUGAUGGUGCAGGGCUCCAGAUUUCAGGCACCCAAGUCUUAAAUUCUGCUGCCAAUAAUAGGCUUUACUGAAUGUUGCACAACCAAAGCAUCCAGCAUAGGACAUUCCCUCUCAUUGUUAUACUACUCCACAACUGCUUGGUCUCAGUAACCAUUAAUCUGAGGCCUGGGUGUGGGACCCAU